GUGAAAUAAACAGGUGCCCCAGCUCUUCUCCGUGUCAGUUCUAUUUCGGUCAUCAUCGCGAUUCGUAUAUUAUAUGCGCUCACGCGCUUAUCGUAUAACAUAGGUAUUCUUAUCACCGUUAAAAUUACGUUAGGAAAGGGUGUAAUGCAGAUAUUUUCAAAGGACUUUUUUAAGGCAAAAGAGAAAAAUAAAAGCAAGAGUCUCACUUAUUACGAUGUCUUGCACAAGCUGCAUAAGGACUUUCUUCAAAGAUGGGAGCGUCAUACGAUUUCAUCGAGCGAGGGCUUGGAAAAAAUGAUAAAAAUAAAAACGCUGGGAAGCGGCUCGUUCGGACGUGUGCUGUUGGUCAAAUGCACAACGGAGAGUGGACCCGAAUACUACGCAAUGAAAUGCAUCGAGAAACAAAAAAUUAUAAAAACCAAGCAAGUGGAGCACACGCUGUACGAGAAGCGAAUCAUGGAAUCGAUUGGUUUCCCGUUUAUCAUAUCAUUGAAAUAUUGCUUCAAGGAUAAUAGUUACAUUUAUUUCGUUAUGCCGUUCAUUAACGGCGGAGAAAUGUUCACGCACCUCAGAAGGAUGAGGAAAUUUCCGGAAAAUCUUUCGAAAUUUUACGCGUCUCAAGUACUGUUGGCCUUGGAAUUCCUCCACUACUGCCACAUUAUUUACAGAGAUUUGAAACCCGAAAACAUACUCAUUGAUCACAAAGGUUAUUUAAAAAUCGCCGAUCUCGGUUUUUGCAAAGUUGUGGAAGGUCGAACGUGGACGUUAUGCGGUACUCCGGAGUACAUAGCGCCGGAAAUAAUAUUGAGCAAGGGCUACGGUACGGCCGUGGACUGGUGGUCCUACGGCGUCCUCCUCUUCGAAAUGAGCGCCGGUUGGCCCCCUUUCACCUCGAGGGACGAGAUGGAAGUGUACGAGAAGAUCGUGGCGGUCAAGUACAAAUGUCCGGGGUUCUUCACCAACGAGCUGCGGGAUUUGAUCGGGAAUCUCCUGCAAAGGGAUUUGAGCAGAAGAUACGGUAAUCUGAGGAACGGCGUAAUGGACAUCAAGAACCACAAAUGGUUUAAGGACGUGGAUUUUUGGGCGAUAUACAGGUACGAAGUGAACGCCCCAUUCAAACCGGCCGUUCUGGCCGUUUAUGAUACGAGUAACUUCGAUAAUUACGACGAAUUACCUUUCGUGGAGAAUUCGCAAGAUAAAUACGCGGAUGAAUUUCAGCUAUUUUAGUACCUACACCUAUUCGUUAGUCAAUGUUGCGUUAUUUUUAUAUUUUAAAUAUAUUAUGGUUAAAGUAAAUUGUUG